AGCAGACGCCUGUGACGUCCCUGAUGAUGUAAAAAGCGGAACUGACCGGCACGUCGAUCAAUUACCAUCAAUGAUCAGCGACAGUCUUAUUAUCUGAUCCAUGUCGACUUUAAAAGCUGCUGGGAUGGAGCCUCACACAGACUUCAUGUUCUGCUGCGGGGCCAUCACGGAGGUGCUGAAGUUUGGCCCUCGCCAGCUCCACCCGGAACAUAAACGAGUCUUCCUCCUCAUCCCAGGAAACCCCGGGUUAGUGGGCUUCUACAAGACCUUCAUGCAGGAGCUUCACACCCAGCUGGGACACGCGUACCCAGUGUGGGCUGUGAGCCAUGCAGGUCACUGUGCUGCUCCGGACUGCAUGGACAUGGUGGAAGAUGCCCGUGCUGCAGCCGAAGAUGACGUGUUUGGUCUGAACGGGCAGAUAGAACACAAGCUGGCCUUCAUUAGAGAACACAUUCCCAAAGGAAGCAGUUUGGUUUUGGUGGGGCACUCUAUCGGCUGUUACAUCAUCCUGGAGAUGAUGAGGAGGAACCCUGAGCUCAAGGUCCUCAAGGCUGUAAUGCUGUUUCCCACCAUUGAAAGAAUGGCCGAGUCCCCCCAGGGGAGAAGAAUGACCCCACUGCUGUGUCAGAUGCGUUACCUGGCCUACCUGCCUGUCUUCUUGCUCUCUCUGCUGCCGGACAUCCUCAAAGCCGCUCUCAUCAAACUUGUGUUCAGCAGCAUCACCUCUCUGGACCACUGCAUCCUUCAGCCCACCGUGCAGCUGCUCAGGGGAGACUCUGCAGCCAAUUCUAUGUACCUUGGGGGCCAGGAAAUGAGGAUGGUUUUAGAAAGAGAUAAUACAACAAUCGAGAAAAAUCUAGACAAGCUCAUCUUCUAUUAUGGAGCUACAGACCACUGGUGUCCUGUUAAGUAUUUCAACGACAUCAGACGGGACUUCCCACACGGAGACUUCAGACUGUGUGAAAAAGGUUUCCGACAUGCCUUUGUCCUGGAUGUGGGCCGAGAAGUGGCAAACAUGGUGGCUGAAUGGAUCUAUAGUUCUUUAAGGACUUGAAUUUGUUGUUCCAUUUAUGGUUGAAUUACUGACCCCUUGAAGGUUCUGCAGGAUUUAUUUGGAGAUUUGAUGAUCAGAAUGUGUCCGUUGACCCUUUUUAAGUUAAAGGCUAAACUGUGAGUUUAGGUUGGUUAAGAUUAGUUGUUAAGUUGAAGAAGAGGCUUCACAAACCUCAAAAGCAAAAAAAGACACGAUGGAAAGUGAAAGACAUGUAUGUCUCUGAAGUUCUGAUCAGUACUUUUUCUCAUGAAAAGAAAAACAAAAUUGUCAGUUUAUGCAUCAUUUAGCUUAAUCGUUUUGAUAUAAAUAUUUUAAAAGGCCUAUUACAUGCAAAAUCAACAUUUUUGAGCUUUUAAGUGUAUUUAAAUGUUCAUUCCUCACUAUAAACAAACCCAAAACCGUAUUUUGAUCCAUUCACACAUUUCUGAAGUUUCCUCCAAAAACCUGCUCUCUGAGCACCAGCCCCUCUCAAUCCACACAAACAACUGGGUCCUCACGUUGUGAUGUCACAAAGUGGGGAACAGCCCCUUUCAGGAAGAGCACCGCCCCCAGGCUAAGACACACACCCACUUUCUCUGCUGCGCUAGUGGUUGAUCGUGCCUUUUAUUUUUAAUGCACAAUAUGCAUAUCUGUCUUUGCAAAAGUUUGGAUGUUGUUUGUUUUCAUGGGCAAAACACAGACACGCUGCUGAGGCCAACU